AUGGAGGUUGGCAAGCUAUUCAUCGGCGGGAUUUCUUGGGGCACAAAUGAGGACCGCCUUAGACAGUAUUUUGAAACUUUUGGGGAAGUUGUGGAAGCUGUGAUAAUGAAGGAUCGGACAACCGGUCGUGCCCGUGGGUUCGGGUUUGUUGUUUAUGCCGACCCGGCUAUUGCAGAAAAGGUUGUUAUGAAAGAGCAUAUAAUAGAUGGUAGAACUAUCCAAGUCUUGCAGAGAACAUUUCAUGAACUCAACAGGAAAAUGGUUGAGGUCAAGCGUGCUGUCCCCAAAGAAUCAUCUUUAGGUCCAAGUCGGAACCAGUUAGGUGGAUAUAACUUUGGUCUCGAUAGAGUCAAUAGCUUCCUUACUGGUCACAUGCAGGGUUGUAAUACUAAUUCAGUCAGAGGUUAUGGUGUUAGAAUGGAAGGUAGAUCUAGUCCAGGUACUAUUGGUCAGAGUGGAUUUUCUCCAUCGAACCAUGGUUAUGGGUUUGGACUGAAUCUUGAAUCAAAUUUGAGUCCAAGUUCUGGAUGGAACUCAAACCUUUGUUCUAAACUGUGCUAUGGGCGAGGAUUGAACACUUCGUUUAGUGGAAAUUCGGACCGGUUUGCCAGCCGUUUUUGGUAUGGUGUGGGCAGUGGAGUGAAUAGUUCUGUCUUAAACUCAGCAGGUCAAAAUAUUUGGGGAAAUGGAAGUCUUAGCUAUGCUACUAACUCCACAAACUCUAGUCCUAUUGUGGGAUCUCGAAGUGGGAAAACAUGUGUGAGUUCCUUUAGCAGUAUGGGAUCACUUUGGGAUUCCUCUCCUAAGUCAGGUCCAAGUGGAGGUGCUGCACUUCUGCUUCUGCUUACGACAUUCUUAGGUAUGGCAGUGGAGAUUUAGGUGUUGCGUCCGGAGUGAUAGGCCACGAGAAAACCAGUGAUGCCCGGGUAUCAUCCCAUGGUGCUUCAAAUGAUUGCUAUUCUGAUAUUUUUGAAAAUGGUUCAUUUUAUGGGGAUUCUACUUGGCGAUCUUUGCCCUUAGACCUAGAGCUGUCCAGUUCUUUCGAUUUCGGUCAGUGAAAUACAAGUUCUGAUGUUAUAGCUAAUAACGUUGCUGGUUACAUUAGUGGUUAUGGUGUUACGAAUAGGCAGUCAAAUGGGGGAAUCGCCACAUAGGUGGAUGGUAAUAUGAUAAGGAAGGAUAUUUACACGGUGGAGUGGGUGAAUCACUGGAUUUCUACAUUUCCCCCGGUGAGACAUUUCGGUUUUAUACGAAAAUACAAGUAGAGCUAAUCCGGUUUACCUGUCUUGAUGGACCUGUUAUAGAGACGAGGUUACAUAGAAGUCAUGCAUGUGCUUCAGGUUUUUCUU